AGGGCAAAGUCCGGAUUAGGGCUGUCCUUAGUAUCUGCUUGUUAUGUACGCUUCGCACGGCUUCGAGUUCGUUUCCUGGCGUUGCGUCAGUCGGACGUCCCUCCUUACCCUAGAAGACACCAUGCGUUUUCGUGAAUAUAUUCCCGAGAGCUCACUUACCUACUUUCUAGGGUUCCGACAUACCCUUUUUUUCACGUCUCGACGACGAUAGUAAAUCCCGCAUAACGCAAUUACAUUUCCCUUUUCCGCGGUUAGCAGCAGGAACAAGGCCAUUCACCUGAUAUUCUGAGAAUUCUAAAAAAUCACCUGGAACAAGGUCGUCUACCUAGCUCAUUUUUGCCAGGAGCGUCGUCCACUCGCUCGGUCCCCGUUUUUAAAUCUGGCGUGUGUGGUUGGUGGCCGAUUGCAGUCUGAGUGUGAAGCGGUGGCUCGCUAUUGUACCGAAGCCAGUAAGGCCCGGUGCUCAUCGACUUAGGAGCGAGCUGAGAGACGCGAGACGAGGUGAAAUGUGAAACGACGAAAGAUUCUGAGACGGCGUGAAGAUGCUGAGACAAGAGGGGUGGUGAGACAAGAGGGGUGGCGAGACAAGAGGGGUGGCGAGGCAAGAGGGGUGGCGAGGCAAGAGGGGUGGCGAGGCAAGAGGGGUGGCGAGGCAAGAGGGGUGGCGAGGCAAGAGGGGUGGCGAGGCAAGAGGGGUGAUUCGACGGGACUGGACUGGACGGAAUAUAGCGACACGGGAGAGGGGGGUGGGCGGGGGGGGGGGGGGGGGGUGCGGGUGUGGAGGAGAAAGAGAGACCGCGAAGAAGAGGUGGUGUACGAGCUGCAAAAAACCAAGGCAGACUAGCAUUAGGGAAAAAUCUAAGACCAAGGAUACGUAAGAUGCGCAGGGGAGGCACUAGCGGCUUCGUGAAAGCGGCGUAAGAGCGAGAUACAGAGUCAGAGCGAGAGAAAUUAGGUCAGAAAGUUAAGAGGGAGGCGAGCAGAGGGGUUUGGGAGCGGGAGGCGGUGCGAGGCCAGGUGACGGUUCUCCGUGUGAUAGUAGCUUCGUUUGGUGUGAUAGAGUCGACUCAAAACGAAUCUACUAUCAGAGGGAGGCGAGCAGAGCGGCGUGAGAGCGGCGGUGCGUGGCCAGGAGAGGGAUCCGCUGGAGAUGGAGCGACACGAGGGCGAGGGGGAGAGGGGAGAGAGGGGAGAGAGGCAGAGGCUUCCCAUGCGGCCUAACAGCAUGGAGAGAGUUAGCGCCGCCGCCGCUGCCGCCGCCGCCGUUGCCGCGAUGGGCAGUCCCGGGAGCGGCGGCAGCAGCGGCAGCGGCAGCAGCAGCAGCGGGAUGGUGGACGCGUCGUUCCUCGCUGCCCGGCGCUCGUCGCUAGCCAUGUCGCACCGGCGAGCCACUGAGGGGGACCCUGCGCCGGGCGAGCUCAGUGACACCCAGGGUCGUAGGCCAUACCUCACGGGCGACCCUGGCAUGGAUGGAUACCGGAGUGCCGGCGACUACAACAGACGGCCCUCCAUGCUCAGCGACAGCGAGUACACGCGGCGGCCGUCAAUGCUGAGGGAGAGGGGAGACGUGUACCGCAGUUCUCGGCAGAUGGGCCCGUCCCUCUCCUCACUCACAGGCUCCUCUCUCGACCCUGUGGAUUCUGCCUUCUCCCAAGCCGCUGCCUACACCUCGCGAUUCCAGCAGCAGCACCACCAGCAGCAGCAGCAGCAGCAGCAGGUGCCGCCGCCGCAGCAGUACCAGCAGCAGCCGCCUUCACUGCUGGAUGGCGGGAAUACGGCACUGGGAGGCACGGGCGUCGCUGCCGCUACCAGAUCUGUGGAGCGGUACAUGUCGUACCUCUCUGGGCGCUCGUCCCGCCGUCCCAACCUGGCAGCGAACCCCAACCCUCUCCUCAUCCCUGCCGCCUCAGGGGGCUUUACUGGCUCCAAUAUAAGCCCCACGAGUGAGCCAGAGGCGAAUGCGUUCCGCAGGCACCGCAGCAGGCGGCGGGCCAUACAGGAGGACCGCAUGGCUCUGGGGGGCAGCAGCCGCAUGCACAUGCUGCACACGCGCUCAGGCGCGCUGCAGGGCACAGCAUCCCCGGGGGAGGGGGGCAGCGGGGGGAGCACAGUGGGCAUGGGCAUGGGGCACGGUGCGAGUGGGGCUGUGAGUGAGAGCGAGGGUGCGAUGAUGAUGAUGGGCGGGGGGCGCAUGGCAGGGUACCAUGGCGGGGGCGGUGGCGGUGCGUACCGCAUGCAGCGCACGCCCUCCAACAACUCCAUGGACGGCGGGACGGACUCGGGGCCCGAGGGCAUGGGGGCGCAUGCAGGAGUCAUGGCAUCAGCUUCAGGAGGGCACAUGGGCAUGGGCGGCAUGGGGGUGCUGGAGGAUGGGUAUGUGUCGUCGCCCGCAGGGGGCAUCACCAGCCCCAUGGCAGCAGCUGCAGCAGCGGCCGUUGCAGCAGUCUCAGGGGCCUCCAGCAGCAGUCCGGAGCAUCCGUUCAUAUCUGCACGCGCCAAGGCGUCCCUGGGCCUCAUGCAGCGCAGGGCAGCUGACUCCGCCAUCGCCUUCAGGAGGAGCGGGGCAGGAUCAGAGGAUGCUGAUACGCCUCAGGGCUCUCUCAGCUCGAUCAACUCUGAGGGCCACCUGUCCUCUGCUCCGGGAUCCUCUGGUCUGGACCCCAUGCCACCGCCUCGCAGGCGAUCAAUCGCACAGGGGCAGGGGCAGGGGCAGGGGCAGGGGGACAGUGCAGGGGAGGGGGGGGGCAGUGAGCAGGGAGGGGCAGUGCCUGCUGGUGCUGCUCUGGGUGGCAGCGGCUCUGGCAGUGGCAGCGAGCACCAGAGCACCACUUUCAAGCCCACCCCGCCUCCCCGUCGCAACAUGGGCGAGCCAUCAGCCCCUCGGGGUCGCCGGCGCACCACUCUGGAAGUCAGUGACGAGGUGGCCAAGAAGGUGCGCGAGUACAACGAGCUCAUACGACGGGACAGGAGGGCGUUGAGGGUGGACCCGCCAGCCGCACCAGAUCCAGCAGCGGCAGCAGACGGCACAGAGCCCUCCGUGCUGCCAUCCCCACUGCCCCUGGUGCUACCUGCUGCUGCUGCUGCGGCUGCCGCUGCCGCCGCUGCUGCUGCCGCCUCUGCCAUACGCGUGUGCCCCACGUGCCACCAGCCAUUGCCGCGUGACUCGUCGUUCGCCACCACCCCCGCCACACCUACCACGGCCAAAGCUGACCUCUUUGCCCUCACACCCAGUGCUGCUGCCUCUGACGCACCCUCCCUGGCUGCGACCGGUUUCAAGGACCCGCGAGACCAAGGGGCUGCUCUAACAGCAGCAGCAGGGGCAGGAGGUCGAGGAGGAGGAGGAGGAGGGGUAGCAGGGUCAGAGGGGGCAGGAGGGGGAGUAGUAGGAGGUGUCGGAGGAGUUGGAGUGGCAGGGACGGCAGGAGCAGCCGCAGAAGUAGGGGCGGGAGCAGGAGAGAACGGGACAGCAGCAGGAGCAGCAGAGGGAGGGGAGCAGGAGGAGAGAGGGGAGAGGGGGGGAGCGGGGGCGAGUGGGGAAGCAGGUGCUGAGGCGGGGGAGGGGGAGGGGAGAAGUGCGUUGCUUGAGCGAGUGAGGGAGAGUGGUAAUGGAGCGGUUUCGAACAGUCUAGAGAGAGUACUAGAGCACAGUAUGGAAGGGAGGGAGGAGGAAGGGGAGGGGCGUGAGGAGGUGGGAGCAGGGGCGAGGGAAGGAGAGGGAAGCGGCAGCGCGAGGAGAAGCAGCAGCACAGAGGGAGGGCACCCCGAGGGGGGUGUGGGGAGCGUAGGAAAGCCGGGGGGGCAAUCAGAGGAGCGGCAAGGAGAGGGUUCUGAAGGGAGUGGAGGGCGGGAAGGUGGGGGUGGUAGGGAAGGGGGAGGGGGAGCAAGCGAGAGCGAAGCGGAGAGAGGAGAGGGUGCGGUUGACAGCAGGCAUGGUAGAGGGCCGGAUGGACAUGAGGGGAGAGAGGGGGGUGGAGCAGAGGGAAGGGAUGGAAGGGAGAAGGAUAAAGGGGAGGGGGAGGGGGAGAGAAGUGAGGGAAGGAGCGUGGAGGGGGAGGGAGAGGGCAGGGAAGGAGGCAAGGGCGAAGCUUGCAAGAGUGCGGAUGGUGAGGGUAAAGGGGGAGGGGCCAGCAGAAGAGACGAGGGGUCAGGGGACGGGUCAGGAGGCGUGGUACAACAGCAAGUGCCGGUGCCGCCACCAAAGCAGCAGCAGCAGCAGCCGCGGUUACAGCAGCUGGUGCUGCUUCACCAGCAGACAGACUCCCAUGAGUCGACCCCCCUGUCCUCGCCACCCAAAGCGCCCUCCACCAACCCCCACACACCCACCACCGGCCUCUCACCCCAACCCCCUUCCUCCCUCGCUAUCUCCUCCCACCAUCCAUCUUCCUCCUCGCUCUCCCCCCACCCUCCCCCCUCGGGCAACCCCCUGCACCCGCCCCACGGCACGCCGCCCCUACUCGGAUCGGCCAAUCACAUGGCAGGGAUGGGGGCGGGGUCGGGAGUGGGCGCAGGGUGGGGAGGGCCAGGAGGAGCGGCAGUGGCAGGGGCAGUGCAGCAGCUGUCGCUGCUGCCGCAGCAGGAGUGGACCAUAGAGUUCUCGGAGCUCCGGCUCGGCAUCAGAGUGGGCGUUGGGUCAUUUGGCGAGGUGUUCAGAGCGGUGUGGCGCGGUACGGAGGUGGCGGUGAAGAUGCUGUGGGAGCAGGACGCCAAGCCUGAGGACACGGAGGACUUCUACAACGAGAUCGCGCUGCUCAGCCGCCUCAGACACCCCAACGUGAUUCUAUUCAUGGGGGCAUGCACGGUGCCCCCACACCUCUCCAUGGUCACGGAGUACAUGCACAUGGGGUCGCUCUACCGCAUCAUCCACAGCCGCGAGCCGGGGCAGGGCGGCGAGUCGCUCAGCUGGAAACGCCGCUACAAGAUGCUUCGAGACAUCUGCAGGGGCAUGCUGUGUCUGCAGCGCAUGAGCAUCAUCCACCGCGACCUCAAAUCCGCCAACUGCCUGGUGGACCGCCACUGGUGCGUCAAGGUGUGCGACUUCGGCCUCUCGCGCAUCGCCACGGGGGGCUACGUGGUGGGGCGCACGGCGGCGGGCACGCCCGAGUGGAUGGCGCCUGAACUGCUGAGGAACGAGCGGUGCUCGUUCAAGUGCGACGUGUUCAGCUUGGGAGUGAUUAUGUGGGAGCUCGCCACGUUGAGACGGCCCUGGGAGGACUGCAAUGGCCCGCUAGAGGUGGCAUAUGCCGUGGCCCAUCACAAUUCUCGCCUUCCUGUGCCCAACACCAGCCUCGGCCGUCUCAUCUCAGAUUGCUGGAAGGAGGACCCGGACCAGAGGCCUGACUAUGAGGAGAUCCUGGAGAGACUGCACGAGUGCGAGUACAUGGACUCGUGAGACGAUUUUGAGCCUAAACUUGAAGCCUAAAUUUCGAGUACAUGGUUGCGUGCGUGUAGUACCGCCAGUACUACAUGUGGACUCGUGAGUCGUUACGUGAGGGUGCAUUAGUGCUACCAUGCACCACCAUACUGGUACAUGUUGGUGGGGCGUGCCUUGGCUUGGAGCCUGUGCUCGCAAGUGUGCGGCAGAAUAUGUAAUUGGGAUAAUACGAGGGAGGGGCACACUGGUAUGGCAUUGUACUUACCGGUACCACCAUUGGAAUUGAUUGGGAUUCUAUUGUUUUCUUUAUUUAAUUCAAAGUAAGUUUG